AUGUCGGCGGUUUUACACCUCAACCCACCCACCCGCGCAGAACACAUUGGUUCCCUCCUUCGUCCCGCUAAGCUCAUUGCGAAGCGGACGGACUAUGAGGCCAACAAAUGUUCCGCUGAAGAGCUUCGCGUUGUCGAAGACGAGAGUAUCCCCGCUGUUGUGAAGCUUCAGCAGGAGGUUGGCGUGAAGACCAUCACCGAUGGCGAGUACCGGAGAGGUGCAUUUUACCAAGGCAUAUUCGAGAAACUCGAAGGGAUGACCAUCAUGCCUACUCGUCAGUGCGGUAGUUCAUCAUACAUCCCAUACGUUGCAAUAUUCAAAGCAAUGGGCCUCACGGAGUAUACAUCCAUUUACUGCACUGGCAAGAUCAAGAGGGCUAAGGGCGUUCAUACCGAGGACUUUAAGUUUCUCAAAGAGCUAGUGGCACCAGAAGAUGUGAAGUUCUUGAAAGUGACCAUUUGUGGCCCAACGUGGAUGCAUUUGCGCCAUGGUCCUGAAUAUACUUACAACCACAGCGUUUAUAAGACCGAUGCCGAAUACUUUGCCGACUUGAUCAAAGCCUAUCGCGAAGAAAUAGACGAACUCUAUCAGCUCGGAUGCAGGCAUAUUCAGUUCGAUGAUCCAACAUUCUCCUUCUUCUGCGCCGAAUCCAUGAUCGAUGGAAUGAGAGAAGCCGGCGUGAAUCAUGAGGCGCUGUUGAGCAUGUACAUCGAUGUCUACAAUGACAUCCUGAAGGAUCGGCCAGCAGACCUCACCGUUGGAGUACACACAUGCAGAGGCAACUACAAGGGUAUGCAUUACACCGAGGGUAGUCUCGAUCGUAUUGCGGAAAAAUUCUUCCGCGAUCUUCAGGUCGAUGUAUACUACUUGGAAUACGAUACCGAGCGCUCGGGUGGUCUGGAGCCCUUGCGAUAUCUGCCGACCAACAAGGUGGUAGUUCUGGGCCUCGUGACGUCAAAGUCCGAGAAGCUUGAAGAUAUUGCUUCGCUGAAGAAACGAGUCGAAGAGGCGGCGGAGAUAAUUUCUCAGGGGCACCCUAAGCGAUCCAAAGUCGAGGCGCUCAACCAGCUGUGUCUCAGCCCGCAAUGCGGCUUUGCCUCGGUAUUUGAAGGAAACCCGAUUAGCGAGGAGGGAGAGCGGAGCAAGCUGGAGCUGGUCGUGGCGGCAGCCAAGCAAAUCUGGCAGUGA